AUGUACAGAGAACAAAGAAAUCAGCGAUAUUCUUCUAGUAAAGUUUAUUAUAGUGGUGGCGAAGAUGACAAAAUUUGGAUCGAGUGUUUUCACGACAUUGAUGAGAAAUAUGAAUUUGCGCAUAAUUAUGAAGAACCCGAAGAAUUUGAACCUGCUGAAGGGAUAGAAGCUCUUCUGGAUCCAAGCGCAUUAAAACAGUUGAGGUUGACCGAUGCUGAUAAGACAAUUAAAGUUAAAGAUUUACCCGAAAGAAUGCUCCUUCGACCUGAUAUUGUCGCCGAUAGAAAAUUGACUGAUAAGGAGAUAGAUGAAGCCGCCAAGAUUAUUUGCGACAAUUUAGUUGAAUAUGAUGGUCGUCGAAAGACACAACAACUGUUCGUAGCGAUUAAAAGAGUUUUGAAAUGUUUAGGACAGGAAUUUCUGGAGGUUCCAUAUAUAUACGCCUAUAGACGUGAUUAUAUCGCAGAAUUUCAUAGUGAUUUUUCAGUAUCUCACGAAAUUAUCGAUCGGGCUGAUUUGUGGCAUGUAUAUGACUUGGAGUACCAAUACAGGUUAUUUAUAGAAAAGCGAGAAUCGAUAGAGGAGAUGUUGUCAAAAUACCAGAUUGAUGACGAUUAUGUGACAGACGUAUUAGUAUCCGCAUCAAAUUUAGAAUCUCUGUCCGAUUUGCAUGAAUAUAUUCACCAUCGAUUUUGGAAGGAAAUUGCAGCAGCAAAGUCAGAAAGCUCAACUACUCGUCGUCGCUUAAAAAGGACGACAUUUUAUGAGUCUUGUUUCAACAGGGGACUUCAUAAACUGGUUGAGUGUAUGGGAGUUGAUGUAGAAAAAUUUGGUAGAAGCUUUAUUGAUGAAAGGUUAAAGUACUAUAGACCUUCUGAAUCCCGAUUAGACUCUCUUAUUGAAGAGCAGUUUUCUGUUAAUCCCGCGGAAGAUCUAGCAGAUGCUGUGAAGAUGCUUUCACAAGACAUCGCAUUUAAUCCAUUAUUUAGGAAAUACGUUCGUCAAUAUUACCUUAGACACAGUGUGAUCGUGGUGAGAUCGGUGAAAAGCAUUGGCGAAACAGAUCCUUGUUGGCCAUUUAGAUUUUUAAGAAAGCAUAUCAGCAAAUUUAAAAAUAGUGGAUUGUUUUCCGAGAUAAUGUCAGCCGAGAAAAGAGGACAAGUCAAAGUCACAAUUGCGUUGGAACAUGAGGAAGAUUUUAUGGGGACUUUCGAGAAGCAUAUUACUAACAACUCUACCGAGUUAGAUAGAUCAUGGAACAAGUAUCGUGUAGAUGCGGUUAACCAGGCAUUCAUAAAUAUGCUACGUCCAAUGAUGGAACUUUGGAUUAAGUCCCGUCUCACUAAUGAUGCUGAACAAUGGAUUAUGGCUGAAACGAUGAAAAGUCUUGAAAAUAGAUUAAACAUUCGUCCUUUCAGAUCUGCUAGAAUGGACUCUGACGAAAUCCCUCGGGUGGCAGCUUUGUCAUGGGGUCCCGGAGGUCGUCGUGAGACAGAAUGUGUUUGCAUUGAUGAGAACGGCAAACUUAUUGAGAAACUCGGCUUUAGUGACUUGAGGAAUAGGGAUAUUAAGGAAUUCCACGAAUUUGUUAGAUUCCUUCGCGAAAACAAGCCCCGAGCUAUUGUUGUAAGAUGUUAUGAUGGUCGAACCAAGUUUCUGCUGGAAACA